AUGGCCAAUCGAAUUAAAUUACUUAUACAAAAGCGCACGUCAUUAAAAGCACAAAUUACUAAUUUGAUAAGCUUUAUUGAAAAGGAGAGCUUCGAUAGAACCGCGUUAAAAUUGCGCACGGCUCGCGUCACCGAAUUGUACCACGCAUACGAGGAUUACAACGACGAACUAAUUAUAUUAGAUUCAAACGACAGUCACAAAGAUGAAUUCACAAACAUUCAAGAAAGAUUUUAUAUGGUUGCCAGUAAAAUCGAAGAGAUACUAAAUUCGACACCGUCCACCGCGUCUACCGAUACCACGGCGAACGAGUCUCAGCAGAGUAAUGCCGUGUCCGAUACGGUAGCGAAGCGGCGAGUGAAACUACCGGAAGCCUCUUUACCAAAAUUCGAGGGUCGCUUCGAGAAUUGGUUAUCGUUUAAAAAUUCUUUUCUUGCGAUGAUUGAUUCGCGAACAGAUCUUUCCGACGUGGACAAACUUCAAUAUUUAAAAUCGUCUUUAACGGAUGAAGCGGCCAAUAAAAUAAAAUUGUUACCGAUCGACAACUCAAGUUACAAUAAAGCAUGGGAAUUAUUAACGCGCGUCUACGAAGUAAAACGCGUUCUCAUCUCUCGUCAUCUCUCAUUACUACUAAAUAUGCCCACCGUAGAAAAAGAAUCUACCGAGGGUCUAUCGAAGCUCGCCGACGACGCGCAACAACAUGUCGCUUCAUUGGCCGCGUUGGGAGUUAAUGUAGGAUCGGAGGUGCUGGUUAAUAUUGUAGAGAGCCGAUUACCUAGGCGUAUCGCCGAUAAAUGGGAAGAAACAUUAGAUCGGGACGAAUUUCCCAAAAUUGACGAUCUGUUUGAGUUCUUAUAUAGAACAGCGGUACGAUUAUCUAAGCGCACACGUUCGGGAUCGGUUAAACAAGAUGACGUUAAGCUUUCUCCUCCGGCAAAGAAGGGGAAAAUUCUGAAUAAAACAUUCAUGAUCAAUACGUUCGAUAAUUGUAAGGCGUGCAAAACUAAACAGCAUCCAUUAUUCAAAUGCGAGAAAUUUAAACAGAUGACCGUACCUAAACGCAUCGAAUUUGUAAAGAACGCGAGACUUUGUUACAAUUGUCUACGCUCACAUUUAGGUAAAGCCUGUAAUUACUCUACUUGCACCGUUUGCCACAAACGUCACAAUACACUUUUACAUUUAAAUAAAGGCGCAGCCGCAUCUACAACGGCCAUUACGACUGACAAUAAAGACGCGCCAAACUUCACUCCACAAUUAAUGACAACCGCGAUUGUUCUUGUGCAGGAUCGUGAUCACAAUCUAAUUAAGGGGAGAGCCUUAUUGGACACGUGCGCUUCCACCAAUUUUAUUUCCGAAAAUUUCAUGAAACGUUUAAAACUUCCUGUAAGUCCAUACGCCAUACAAAUCGGCGCUAUCAAUGCAAUAAACACCACAUCAAAGGGCACCGGGCAUGUCACGAUUCAAUCUCUAUACAACGGUUUUCGUAAACGCCUGCCAUGUUUAUUGGUUCCAAUGAUCGCUGAUUUAGUUCCGUCGGAGGUGUUUUCCCGAGAAAUCAUAAAUAUACCGCCAAACAUUAAAUUAGCCGACCCCGAGUUUCAUUUACCACGACCGAUUGAUCUUUUGAUUGGUGCUGGCUCGACGUUAUCAUUAUUCUCCAUCGGCCAAAUCGAUUUGUCUACAAUAACUAAUGAUUUAUAUUUACAAAAAACUCGUCUGGGUUGGAUCGUCGCAGGCGGAGUGACUACACCGAACCGUUCAAAUAAGGCAAUGUGUCGAUUAACUAACUUAGAACAGCAAAUCGCGCAAUUCUGGAAAAUCGAGGAAGUAUCCGUUGGAACAUUGAAAUCCAUUGAAGAACUCGAGUGUGAAGCUCAUUACACAAAACACGUAACACGUCAUCCUAGCGGACGAUAUAUCGUACGAUUGCCCUUUCGCGAGCGUGAUCGGCAACUCGGAGAUUCACGAACUGCGGCUCUCAAGCGCUUAAAUUCCCUCGAACGACGACUUAACUCAGAUCCGACUUUGAAGACGGCUUACUCACAAGUACUACAGGAAUACGUAGAUUUAAAGCAAAUGACCUUGAUACAUGACUCUUUGCAUAGUGGAUUUUACAUGCCACACCAUCCAGUAAUUAAAGCUUCGAGCAACACCACCAAGGUCCGUGUAGUUUUUGACGCAUCGGCGAAAGCGAAUAACGGUGUUUCGUUGAAUGAUCUGCUCAUGGUAGGACCGACCAUCCAAGACUCGUUGUUUACUCACUUGAUUCGAUUCCGUACAUAUAAAUAUGUCCUUACCGCUGACAUAGAAAAAAUGUAUCGGCAGAUAUUGUUACACGAGGAUGAUAGGAUAUAUCAACGUAUACUUUGGCGUCAAAACGAUCAAAUACAAACCUUACAACUUAAUACACUUACGUUCGGGGUAUCAUCUUCACCUUUUCUAGCCAUACGCACGAUUCAAAAACUCGCUGAUGACGAGUGUAACACAUAUUGUAACGCGGCCCGAGUAAUCAAGACGCAUUUAUAUGUCGAUGAUUUGUUAACUGGUGCGAAUACCAUCGAAGAAGCUCAUACCUUGCGCAACGAGAUAAUUUCAAUACUCUCCCUAGGCGGGUUUAACAUUCGACAAUGGGCAUCCAAUGAUAAACGUAUCAUAGAGGAUUUAGAUCCCGGUUCUGUAAAUUCGAAUCUCGUGCUCGACAGAGACAAUACUUUGAAAACACUAGGCAUUGUCUGGCAGGCAUAUAACGACACAUUGUGCUAUUCUUUACGAGAUAUCGGCCAUACCGAAAGAAUUACAAAACGAACGAUCAUGUCUGGAAUUGCGAAAAUCUUUGAUCCACUCGGCAUCUUAGGUCCCGUCAUCCUAUACGCGAAAAAGAUAAUGCAGGAUCUUUGGCGUUGCGCGGUAGAUUGGGACGAAUCUGUACCAUCCAGCCUUCACAGAACAUGGACCGAGUUUAUCACUCAAUUAAACUUGAUUAAUAACUUGACUAUCGAACGUCAGGUGUUAAUAUCAGAUUACAACGAUAUUCAGAUUCACGGUUUCUGCGACGCGAGCAACACGGGUUAUGGUGCAUGUAUAUAUAUUCGGUCAAGCGAUUCACGAAACAACACUCUUUGUAGGCUUCUCUGUGCAAAAUCUCGGGUUGCACCACUAAAAACGACCACGAUACCUCGUCUUGAAUUAUGCGGCGCGCUGUUAUUGACCAAACUAUUUCGUGAGGUGUAUCAUACUUUGAAAAUUACCCCAAGCAAAACAGUUUUCUGGUGUGACUCGACCAUCGUGCUUCAUUGGAUAAAAUCUCCUCCACAUCUGUUAAAAAUAUACGUAGCUCACCGAAUAACUCAAAUUCAAGAAAACACGGAUUCGCGAUUCUGGCGGCAUGUUCGUUCGGAUGAUAAUCCGGCCGACGCGUUAUCUAGGGGUCAAUUACCGAGCACCUUUUUGAAGAAUCGUACAUGGUUCUCCGGACCAUCUUGGUUGGCCGAGGAGGAGCACAUCUGGCCUCAUGAAAUCAUAUCGCUAAAAGAAAUACCAGAAUUAAAGAAAAAUACUUGUUUAGUUUCGACCACGGAAGAGUGCGUUCUUUUCCAAAGAUACUCGUCGUAUUCUCAAUUAAUAAGAAUCAUGGCUUGGUGCUUGCGUUUCCGAACCCGAAGAAAAUAUAGCGGACAAUUAUGCAUAAAGGAAAUAGACGAAACGGAAACUAAAAUAAUCAGAAAUAUUCAAAGAACUUGUUUUUCACGCGAAUGGAAGGAAUUGUCGAAGGGACUCUCGGUAAAUAAAGGCAACGUUGUUAAUUUAAGUCCGUUUAUUGAUGAAAAUGGGUUAAUUCGCGUAGGUGGUCGCCUUAAAAUAUCGAAUUUAACUUUCGCACAAAAACAUCCCAUCCUCCUCCCAAGUCGUCACCACCUAACGGAUCUAAUCAUUAGGGAGACACAUGAAAAAUAUUAUCACGCGGGUAUCCAAACAACUUUAUAUACUAUUAGACGAAAGUUCUGGAUUCUCGAUGGUCGUAAUCAAGUACGCAAAAUCGUGCGUGCUUGUAUUCGUUGUUUUAGAUUCAAUGCUGAUUCGACUAAAUACAAAAUGGGCGAUUUACCGAAACCUCGAAUAUGUAGCGCAACUCCAUUCGCGAACUCGGGUAUUGAUUAUUGCGGCCCAUUCUAUAUUAAAGAGAAAAAACAUCGAAAUCGCAACCGAGUCAAAGUAUACGUCUGCGUAUUUAUAUGCAUGGCUGUAAAGGCAGUCCAUCUGGAAAUUGUAAGCGAUUUAAGCACCGACGGGUUUUUAGCAGCAUUACGGCGUUUUAUCGCGAGACGGGGCAUCCCAGAACAAAUAUAUUCAGACAAUGGAACCAAUUUUAAAGGUGUGAAUAAUCACUUGAAGGAACUGUACGUUCUUUUAAAUUCCGAUGAACACCGGAAUAAGACUAGUCGAUUUGCCGUGCAACAUCAUAUUGCUUGGCACUUCAUACCGCCCACAGCUCCACAUUUUGGAGGACUUUGGGAAUCCACGGUAAAAUUAUUUAAACACCAUUUUAAGAGAGUGGUCGGAGAACUCCUUUUUACUUUCGAAGAAUUUAACACCUUCACGAUAGAAAUUGAAGGAAUACUGAAUUCAAGGCCUAUCUCUUAUAUCUCUUCCGAUCCUAAUGAUCCUUUAGUUCUUACACCCGCACAUUGCUUAAUCGGUCGCCCAUUGAUCAAUAUGCCCGAACCUAAUCUGUCGUCUGUCCCAGCAAAUCGUCUUUCAACUUGGCAACACAUCUCCAAAGUACGACAAGAUUUUUGGUCACGAUGGAGCUUAGAAUAUUUGAACGAGCUCCAAAUUCGGCGCAAAUGGAUCAAAGACGAGCCUAACUUAAAUAUCGGAUCCAUCGUGCUUCUCAAGGAAAGAAAUAUCCCUUGUACUCAAUGGCCGUUGGGCAAGAUAGAAGAGAUUCAUCCGGGACACGAUGGCGUU